ACCCGGAUGCUGAUGCUGAGCGUAUGGGAUGAAUAGAAGGAGGCAGGAGGAGAGGGGAAGGAUAAAGAGGAACGUUACGAGUUCUGGAUCACUCAGUGAAUGAUGAGCAACUUUUGACGCGUUUUUGAUUUGACCGAGUGUGCUUGUUUUUUUUGGGAGACGUUUUAAGGAGGGAGGGAGGGGUCUGUAUGCGGUGAUGGUGUGAGCACAGCCGGUCAGAAGGAGACACAGGAGGACAGGAUGCUGCUGCUGCUUCUUGGUUCCAGGAACCGGGUCCACUUCGACAGGUUCUCCUAAUCCAAAGGCGUCUUCGUCCAAAAAAAACCCACGGACAAACAAGUGCAUGGGAGGAGCCUGCAGGGCCCCGCGUUAACUCACCACCUCCGACCUGGGAUGAGCCUUACUGCAUUGCGAGCCGAACCGGGCCCACCGCUGUCUUCAUUCAUCUGUUCCGAAUCAGCAUUCUAGUGCAAUGUCGGGGAAGAUGAGCAGUAAGGAGAUGGGCCAGUCCAGCCAGUACGUGGGGCCUUACCGGCUGGAGAAGACCCUCGGGAAAGGACAGACCGGACUGGUAAAGUUGGGUGUCCACUGCAUAACAGGGCAGAAAGUGGCCAUAAAGAUUGUCAACAGAGAAAAACUGUCUGAAUCAGUUCUCAUGAAGGUGGAAAGAGAAAUAGCGAUUCUCAAACUAAUCGAGCACCCUCACGUUCUGAAGCUACAUGAUGUCUAUGAGAAUAACAAGUAUCUGUACCUGGUGUUGGAGCAUGUGUCUGGUGGAGAGCUUUUUGACUAUCUGGUGAAAAAGGGCAGGUUGACCCCGAAAGAGGCCAGGAAGUUCUUCAGACAGAUCAUCUCGGCUUUGGACUUCUGCCAUAGUUACUCCAUAUGUCACAGAGACUUGAAGCCUGAGAAUCUUCUUCUGGAUGAGAAGAACAACAUCAGGAUAGCAGAUUUUGGCAUGGCCUCACUACAGGUUGGGGAUAGUCUACUGGAAACUAGUUGUGGAUCCCCACAUUAUGCUUGCCCUGAAGUAAUAAGGGGGGAGAAGUAUGAUGGCCGCAGGGCAGACGUCUGGAGUUGUGGAGUCAUCCUCUUUGCUCUUCUUGUGGGUGCUUUGCCGUUUGACCAUGACAACCUACGGCAGCUUCUAGAAAAGGUUAAAAGCGGAGUAUUCCAUAUGCCCCACUUCAUACCGCCUGACUGUCAGGCAUUGCUCAAAGGAAUGAUCGAAGUCAACCCCGACAAGAGACUCACGUUAGAAGCAAUACAGACCCACGCCUGGUACCAGAGCGGUCGCAAUGAGCCUUGCCCUGAGCAGCCACCGCCCCGCCGUGUGUGUGUGACGAGGGUGCUGUCGUUGACCGACCUUGACCCCGACGUCCUGGAAAGCAUGUACUCUUUAGGCUGCUUCCGGGAUCGGGUCAAACUCACACGGGACCUUACAAGUGAGGAAGAGAACCAGGAAAAGAUGAUUUACUACCUCCUGUUGGACAGAAAAGAGCGUUACCCCACCUAUGAGGAUGAGGAUCUGCCACCCAGAAACGAUGCCGACCCACCCAGGAAGCGCGUGGACUCCCCUAUGUUGAGCCGUCAUGGCCGCUGCAGGCCAGAGAGGAAGAGCCUGGAGGUUCUCAGUGUUACUGAACAAGGCUCUCCCACACCCCCUCGCAGGAACCUGGACACUAACGCACACAGUCAAAGGUCUCGGUCGGUGAGCGGAGCGUCCACAGGUCUGUCCUCUAGUCCUCUCAGCAGUCCCAGGAGCCCGGUGUUCACUUUCAGCCAAUCAGAAGUCAACUCAGCUUCUUCCUCCAAAGAUCCCAAACCAGCGAGCGCAACCACCGCUCGGCCUAUCCGCCCAGCACCCGACCCAAAAACUCAGACCCUGCCCUCAAAGGGCCCCACCGACCGUCCCCAUCUCAACUCCAUGAAGUCCCUCCCCCUCCAGACGCCACGCACACCAUCCCCAUCCCCCUCCCCUCUCCUCUCUCCCAUCCCGCGCUUUUUCAACUUCCCCUCUCCUUCUGUCUUCAAGUCCAAAAACACCCACUCGUCCUCUAACUCCUCUGCCACCACUCCUCCCGUGUCACAGGUCACGCCACAAGGCUCACCACUUCCCACCCCACUGGGCACGCCUGUGCACCAAAUGCAACACCCUUCCUCCACCACCCCUCCCUCCUCUUCCUCCUCGUCCUCUUCUCCCAGAGCGGACGGGUCUGGCGGGGCUUCUCUGUCGCUGACGCCGCCCUCCAGCCCGGGCAGCAGUGGCGGUCUGGCGUCUUCAAGCUCUGCCCACUGGAGAACAAGGCUCAAUUCGUUCAAAAACAACCUGCUGGGGUCACCACGCUUCCAUCGACGCAAACUUCAAGUCCCAACAUCAGAGGACAUGUCAAGUUUGACUCCAGAGUCCAGUCCAGAACUGGCUAAGAAAUCCUGGUUUGGUAACUUUAUCAGCCUGGAGAAGGAGGAGCAAAUCUUUGUUUUAAUUCGAGACAAACCCCUCAGCUCGAUAAAGGCAGACAUCGUCCACGCAUUUCUCUCAAUCCCGUCCCUAGGCCAUAGCGUUGUGUCCCAGAACAGUUUCCGGGCAGAGUACAAGUCCUCUGGUGGCCCCUCUGUUUUCCAGAAGCCUGUCAAGUUUCAAGUGGACAUCGGUUUCUCCGAGGGAGACAGGGAGCAGGAAAGGGAGCGAGCAGAAAGGGAAGGCAGAAGAGAGAUGGGCAUAUACAGCGUCACCUUCACCCUAAUAACAGGUCCGAGUCGCAGAUUCAAGAGGGUGGUGGAAACCAUUCAGGCUCAGCUCCUUAGUACUCAUGAUCAGCCUUCUGUGCAGGCACUGGCUGAUGAGAAGAAUGGCAAACCUUCCCGCCAGCCCAGCACACCUUCGCGUCAGAAUUCCAGGCGUUCCGAAAGCGGGUCUGAGAAAGAGCGGGCGGCCGACGCGGCGAGCGGAAGCGGAAGCAACGGCGGGAGCGUCUUACAAAGGCAGGGGUCGGGAAAAGACAAGGCUAGACUUCUUUCGACCUCCAACGGGAUGCAGUCACACCCCUGAAAAGAAUGUCGUGAAAGAGAGGCGGGAUGUCUCCUCUGACCUUUCCUGUAUCCUUCCCACACCCUUUCAUCAAAAUGUUGCUCUUUGGCCAUCAUUCCCUCGCAAUGGAUUGGAAGAGGGGACAUUUUACUUCAAGCUCUGCCGUGGAUAUGGAAGAGCUGAUGUUUCCCGAUCCAGGACAAGUUAGAAGGAAAAAAAAAAGAAAGCCUCACAAGAAAACACGCUCACUUGCUAAAGAAGAAAGCACACGACCUUCUCACCGACGUAUCAGAAGCUUCACAUCGCUCACACUGCAGAAAACCUCUGAUCACCUCAAGAUGCUCUCAUUUAUCAUCUCCUGUGCUCAUGAAUGAUCCUCAACCUCAUCUCACACCUAUCAUGAUGAGUCACAUGAGCUGAUGGAAUGUCUAUUCUUCAAAUGAGCAAAAAAAAAGAAAGGUUUCGUUUUCGAAAAAUGGAGAAUAAGUGGAAGGGCAAUAUGCAAAUGAAUGCCGUAGUUGAACAACGUCUAACAGCUGGUGAAAAACACACAAAGACAUGCCGGAGAACGGAUAAGGCGGGAGCGGGGUGGAACGUAAACCCUGCGCAUACCGUAUGUGUACGUCACAAGUAAGAUCCGCCCCGAGAUUCAUUCAGUCUCACAAUUAUUUCUGAAAUAUGCCGAUAAAAGCUACGAUACCGCAUUGCCUUUAAUGGAGGAGAAAUAGUGGAUGGCCAUGUCGAUGUAUGCCCAUUUUCCACUCAGCGUGCACGCCCACGUGUAGAGUCCCUCACAAGAAAAACCCCGUUAGGUGUUAGAGAAGGAGACAAAACACAGAGAAAUGGCUUACCACGGCAAUUACUGCAAAAGAAGGAUCCAGUGGAACCCGUUUAAGUCAACCCCAUUUAUGUCGACAGCAUAAAAAGAACAAGAUUAACCUUACUAGACCAACCAAUUCAAGUCCUGGGGAUCAUUUCUAGGAUGAAUCGGUCCGUUAUUGUCGACGUCGUUUUAUUCCGAUGCUGCGGUCACAUCUGUCUACGCUCCCGUUUUUCCUGGGGGAACUCCCAUAUUUUGCCCUUUUUUACCGCCGUCCUCCUGUUUCUCAUGUCGUGUCCCGUAAUUCCUUUUUUUUUUUUUUAAAUCACAACGUAGUUUCCAGUCUGCUCAGCAACAUUGGCGUAAUACAUCCUGUAGCCGGUAAAGUCAGUCCUUCAAAAUAAAAGCAAGCCGAUAAAAUAACACUGUUGCACCACAGUAGGCAGUCGGGUCUUUCCGCCAGUGGACAUGCCAAAUUUCAAUUAUUUUCCCUCAUUUUCGGAAAAAUUUCCCUUGCAAAAGUAUGGGUGCAUUGUCAUUCGCUGUGUAGUCCGAUCUUAUACCAAAAUUAUGCCUAAAAAAAUCUCCUAAGUCACUCACACGGUACACUAGGGGUGCCCAAAGUGCAGCUGAGGGGCCAUUUACGGCAUGCGCAUGUUUUUUUUUAACUGUCCCACGGCACAUUUUAAAAAUACAAUUAAAAAAGAAAAUAGUAGUUUUAAAAAAAACCAGCAGAAAUGGAAAAAAGACGUAAUUUUACGAGACUAGAGACAAAAGUUAGGAGAAUGAAGUCACAAUAUUAAGAGAAAAUAUUGCAUAAAGAAUAAAAUAAAAUGUAUUUUUUUAAGUCAUGAAAUAAAAUUAGGUUGGGUAAAAGUUCUAAUAUUACAAUAAUGGGCGCCACACACGGGAAACGACGAGCGGCUGUGACCAGCUACACUGGUGAGUGAUGCGUUCACAUCCAGAGCGAAUUGUAUCACCCACCCACGGUUUUGAUUGGCUGUCAGAUGCGGAGGGACUUUGAGGGUAUCAAAGUAGUUCAGCGGAGGAAAAACAGCCGGUGUUGAUCGAGUUCUCUUGCUAGUAUUGAAGAUAAACUUCCAUAAAUGUUCGUGUAAAUUAAUUGGAACUUACCCGAUAUGUUUAUUCCGGCACCAACGAGUUCCCAUGCCGCUGCUUUUUGCUUUUAUAUCUCUAUAUUCUUGUUGAAAAAUGUCAAAUAGCUCCGGGAACGGCAAGUAUUACUUUUUCCCGCCAUGUUUACCUGCAAGAGCGUACUGAUUAGCAUCCUGUGUGACACUGUAAGUGAAACUCCCACUGAUUGGUCCUCGUCGGGGAAAAGUUGAACAUGUUUCAACUUUCCGGGAUCGCGACGCAAGCCAGCGUAUGCACGUUGACAUGCACGAGCUCAAACUUUCACGUGCACGAAUUCCACGGACGGUGACUCGGGGAAAAUGGCCCCAUGGCGCAGGUUCCAUUGAAAAUGAAUGGAGUGGAGGCGAUGCCGCCUCCCAUAAUAAAGUCGUAUUCUGCAGAAUGUAUUAAUAUAUUAUUACAUCACUGUUUUGAGAAUAAAGCCACAAGGGAAAGGAGGCACGAGAAGAAAGUUUAAAUAUUGGGGAAAAAAAAUAAAAUAAACACGGCAAAAAUGGAAAAAUGAGCAAAAAAGUGUAACGUAAGAAGUUCAUUCAUACCACGAAUACACUUUGUCACUAACAACACAAAGCUAAGACGCAGGCAGUUUUUUCUUUAAAUAUUAAAAAAAAAACAUCUCUGCAUGGACCACAUGGGUUGGGGCUGCGUCGGCCAGUCCGAUCCGGAUGUCGACUUAAACGGGUUCCGCUGUAGCAGAAAAAAAAAGUAGCUUAAAGGCCUCUUCAACCAACUUAGAGAUGACAGUGAAAGUUGUUUUCUUUCAUUUUCUAUUUGUUAACCCAUCAAUCCAAAUCCAUCUGGGUGGUUGCAGGUGGUCCUCGGGUUACGAAUGAGUUCCGUUCCUAGGCUGUGAUGUACGUCGAUUUUUAGUGUCAGUCGGAACGUCCACCUAAAUGAACUAGGUCACUCACACCGAACACCAAACACGUGAAAAACAGUCACAAAAGGGUUAAAUACAAUAAUUGAUCGAAACUUAUCCCAGUUCUCCUUGUAACAGCGCACGGAAUCCAUGACCCCUGUAGCAGUCAAUCUUUAUCCUUAAUGAUGGUUGUGACAGUCGAGCGGUUGGGACCAAAAGAGCUGCUAGUAUCUCUCUGUGCUCAUUUUCUCUUCCACGGUGAUGGCUUUCCUUUUCUUUGGCGCACCGCACUGCCGCUUGGGAGACAUAAUGAAGUCCAAAAAGCGUGAGAGCAAGAGCAAGUGACCGACACCUUAUUUUAUCCCUGCGGUUGUCUUGCAGGCCGUUCCACCUUCUUAAAAUAUUGUAUCUUCUUCUUCUCCUCCCAGAUCUCCUUGUAACAGCGCACGGAAUCCACGACCCCUCCAGCAAACAUUAGCGUUGGAUAAUCUUGAUUCUUAAUGGUGGCCGUGGCAGUUGAGCGGUCGGGCCCAGAAGAGCAGCCAGAAUUGGUGCGCGGGUCUUUUCGCAGAGCUUUUUCUGAUGUUCGUUUUCACUUCCUUGGUGGUGGUGUUCCUUUUCUUAGGCGCACUGCCGCUUGGGGGACAUAAAGGAGUGGAAAAAGUUAACUAAUAAGCGAUGUUGUUCUUUCUCCAUGUGCCUGAGACACACUUUAUUCAUCUGCCCAGCACAAGACACACACCGCAUUCUUGUGCGUCCUUCCACCGAUGCGUGCUGGAACUAGUUCCCGAGUGAGUCUUGCGUUUACGGACCAAAAAAACAUUUUUUAAUUAUAUGACGGGAGCAACUUCCGAACCACGUCACCGUAAACCAAGGACCACCUGUUUAAAAGACAAAAAUGGACACUUGUGUUGCCCUGAUUGUAUUAAGAAAGACACACACAAAAAAAUCCCCGCACACAUUAAACUACAUAAAAUGCCGAAAUGAGUAUAAUUAGAACCAAAAACACCAACGUCAGUUCUUAGAUGAAUCCUCAGCUAGGAUGAAGAAACAAUGUACUGCCCACAAGGCGCAAACUAGCAAGAAAAGCUUGAUUGUGACUGUCUGCUGUUGUAAAAUGCUGCACACAAAUUGCCUGGAGGUGUGAAAGGCAAUAGAAAAAUGAAGCCACACGUCAAGAAUGAUUUCUCCCCGUUUGUAUUCUAGUCUUUCUGUGUUUUCAUGCCACCAGCAAAAUAGGCACUAACAACCUGAAUGUUUAUUAUUAGAAUAUUUAUGUAUUUAUUUUUUCAAUGUGUCUAUUUAUUUAUGUUUGUUGAACCCCGUGACGCUCUUUUGUUGACCAUAAUAGCUUUUAAAAAAUGUACUCAUUCACGCUCCAAAACACCUUCCAGUGUUAUCUUACGUUGUGUGUUGUUUAUUUAUUAUUCCCCCUUAUUCUGGUCAUUUGUCGAUGUUUGCUAUACCUCCAAAGACAACAUUUCCACUCAUUCACAGUAAGAGAUAAGCUACAAGGUUUAUUUAUGUCUUUAUUUUGCCUUUGUUUUGUUUUUGUUUUUUUCCUGGUCAUUUCUCUUUGUGUCAUCGGCUUUGACACUCUUGGCAAAAGAGAGCACGAGCUACUGUAUGUUUCUGGAAUGUAUGAAAAUUAGUGCAAACAUGUUGUGCAUGUACCACUGUACAAAAUCACAGGCACUCCUCUUUCAAAUUAAAAAUAAUUUGUAGCUA